GGCCGCCAGCUGACAUUCAGUCAAGAGCCGCCUGAGCAAAAUGCAAUCCAUUCUGGGACUUCUAUUGCUCUGUGGAGCAAUCUAUUCGGUGAUCGCUGCAUCGGGCAUACAUCAGUACAUUGGUGGAGGAGGAGCAGAUGGUGGCAGCGAUGAGAAAUUGCAAUGGAGCGACAGUGCGCACAAUGCCGACACCGAUGAGAUCCUGAGGCGAGUGGCAGCAUUCGAUGGAGCCACGAAUUUUGAUGACAGCCACUGGGGAGGCGAUGCCCCGAGCCGUGGAGGAGGCUCCGACAGGGCCUCCCAUAGUGAUUCCAAUUCAGAUGCGGACGGACCCCACAGGGGCUUUCAGUUCAUUCAAUUUUAAUGUGUUAUGGAUUUGGAAAUAUACCUAAUUUUAUUCAUGAUGCGGAAGUCAAAACAGUUUAUGAAGAACUGGUUUUUCCGCAGAUUCGUUUCCAGUAAUUAACACAGA